CACCAACCAACGCGGAGCAGCGUUAAAAAACGCUCGCUUACCUGCAAGGUAGCUACGCAGUCAUUCACUGUCUUGCUUGCGACCGAUGAGCUUCACCGGUUCCGUAGUGUACAAAUACAAACCACCGUGUAUCGGGUUGUUUAAAAAGUCGCUCAAUGAACGAUCGGGUUCCGUUUUGUUGAUAAGAUGUUAAUUUCGAACGGUACGAGUACGUUGGGCACCGGAAACGAUUUUUCAAGUGUCGCGGCGUUGUCUGGGUGUUGCUCUGUUCCUGUUGCUCCGGGCGGCAGAUCAUCCACGAUCGUCAACUGGAAAAUGGAUUCCGUCGGAUUGCCCGUGCCAAAUACCGCCCCCAGCGUUUUGCCCAACGCCAUGCCUUUAUCGCCGACAGCAGCUUCCUCAGCUUCAAUUACCGGUUCGGUUUCGGCUCCCACUGGAGUCUCGUCGUCUUUACCAUCUUCUCUGGGUAGUGCUUCGUUGAGGGAACUCUACGGGAAUUCCUCUGUUGCUCCUGGGCAUCCUCUAGCCUCACUAGUAUCUCAGCAGCGGUUCCUGGAACUCUCGAGAUUUGGCCUGAGACACUACGACCUUGCGCAGCAUAUGCUUACCCAACAGGGGGCUGUCACGAAGUUACUGGGAACCUUGCGACCGCCUGGCUUGAUAGGCGGCAGCAAACCUAAAGUCGCUACUCCGGCCGUUGUUUCCAAAAUCGAACAGUACAAAAGAGAGAAUCCAACGAUUUUCGCGUGGGAGAUAAGAGAACGGCUCAUUUCUGAGGGUGUCUGUACGAACGCCACAGCUCCCUCUGUGAGCAGCAUAAACCGGAUUCUGCGAAACCGAGCGGCUGAAAGAGCUGCGGCAGAAUUCGCGAGAGCUGCCGGUUACGGACUUUAUCAUCCGCAUCCGUAUGCUGCUGCUGCAUUCCCUUGGCAUUCACCUUUAUGGCCCAAUGGGCCCUUGGGCCUUCAACCUCCAGGAGUGACGAACCCUUCCGUUAUGACAGGAUCCCCCGCUUCCUCAAGUUCGCCGCACGGUGAUCACAGUUUGUUACACUCGCCUCCGGGAGGUUUAGAAAAAGACGAUUCUAGUUUAGAUAGCUCGGAACAACCGAAAUUUCGAAGGAAUAGAACUACGUUUAGUCCCGAUCAGUUGGAGGAGUUGGAGAAAGAGUUCGAGAAGAGUCAUUAUCCGUGUGUGUCGACGAGAGAGAGAUUAGCCUCGAAAACGUCCUUGUCGGAAGCCAGAGUGCAAGUUUGGUUUUCUAACAGACGAGCCAAAUGGAGACGACACCAACGCAUGAAUCUCCUAAAGCAAUCUUCCCCAGGGCCGCAUCAGAACAGCCAUCAAUACGGCGGUCGUCUGACGCCUUCACCCCAUUGCAAAGCCGGUUCCACCCCUGGCUCGCCCCUUACCGGCGGCCCUUCGGCAUCCUCGCUCCUGUUACAAAUGGGUGGCGAAAAUAGUGCUUUCAAAGCCCUGGUGCCUAACUCUUUAAUCGGGCAGGAGAACAUGAGAAGAUUUACCGAUUAUCUGUCGGAUUCUGACGAGGAGAUCAACGUUAAUGAUGAGUCGGACGUAGAGGAAGAGCGAAUGAGGCACUCGCAUUCGUCGAGCCCGGUAGAGGUGGUCGAUUUGCCGUCCAAAGGUUCGCCUUCAUGUCAGCCUCUUCAGUUAACAAUUCACGAUAGAGAAUAAUGAUUGAUAUGAGACGUGAUCGCGUUUAGAGAAUUAUGUAUGCCGCAAAAACCUACAUCCAUUGUCUAGCGAUAUGUGAGAUACUUCUCUGCAUACCUACGCGAGAAUAUCGGUUGAACGAAGUUGUCAACUAUCGACCAAUAUUAAGUUAUCAAACUACUGCUGCUCCAACAUUUAGUAUAUUAUACGCUAGAGUUUUUGAGUGACAAAUAUUGCAAUAGAUGGCUAGUAUUGCAGACUACCUUUUUGUUCUCAUUUGAUUUGCUCCUAUGCCAAAUUUUUCUUGAAAUUUAUGGUAUUAUCUUGCUUCUUCCGAAAAAGCUGCGUUGGUUUUGAUACUCGGUCUUUAUGUGAGGUAUUCUUUAUUUAAAUGCGAAGCUUUAAGAGUACGACACAACGUUACAUUAAAACUAAUUUACAAAAGUUACAAUAAUUUUGGCAGACAAUAUAAUGCUUUUUAAUCUUUCAAUAAAAGUAAGGCAAAAAAACUUGAAACUACGUAUGCAGAAAAAAACAUUGACUUACGAAUUUUUACUUUGUCAAUAGACAGCACUUUGACGCACGUCACUCCAAAAGCAAACAAAACAAAAAAACAAUUUUUUGAUGUGAAAUCUUAAUAAUAAAAUUAAUGCGGAUGGAAUAAUGUCAUGCAAAAAUAGACAUUUGACCUAUAUAUUCAACAAACUUAUUCGGCAGAGAAGUAGUAUCUUAAUUAAUAAAAACAUCCAUUUUUGUUCUAAUUUAUUACCUGUCUGAUAUUAAUGGAAAUGUCUGGGUAAUUAUUCGGGAAUAAGUAGCGUAUCCUCAAAACAAAACGUAGGUAUUUGCGCUUUUCAGUUUUUCGUCAUCAGCAUCGAAUAAAACAAUAACGUGUAAAUGUGAAUCUAGCGCACACUGUACAUACCCCAACCGUACUAUAGUUAUUGUUGAUCUGUAAGAUAAUUUAAUUUCCUAUUUAUUUGUAAAUAGAGUCCGUAUUUAUUAGAAUUAGACCCAACUCCACCGAUUGUUUUGUAAUCCUUACCGGUAGCGUAACCGUAACCAGCGUAAAACAUUUGUGACGUCACAGUUACGCAAUCUUAUUGUUGUGUACAUAGAAAACGAGAUCUUGUUCCUGAAAUAAAU